AUAUUCCGAAGUCACCUCGUAUCGGAGGAACAAACUGGGCACCUCACGGAGACGAGAUUCUCUCAGAUUUUGAUUUUCCAGCAGCUGCAAUCUCAUCUCCGACAAGGGCCCAUCGUUCAUUGACUAACAGGAGGAUAAUGGCUGUGGUGCUACGUAUUGCUGGCGUUCUUGUCUCAUAAGCAUCAGACUGAGGCUGGGUUGACCAUGUUGUAUCCCCAACUCAACUGUUCAUCCCAGUUCCAAGUUACGGACAAUAACGUGUUUUCCGACAAAGAGACGAUCUUCACUCUUGAAUCCUCUGGUAUUCUUCCUGCAUAUGAUUCGCCCUCAGUGAGUGUCUCGUCUAGCCAGAGCCCUUUCUCUCCACAAGCUUCUAUGUCGUGCCUCUCGGAUGUACGUCUGUCCCUUGACAACGUGUCUGGAUCACCUUUGAGUGGGUCAUCUUCUUACACCUACGAUGAAGCUGCGUUCAAGAACAAGAUUCGAGAACCUGAAUUCUCCCUGACUAGUGGUGCAAAAGUUUCUGACUUGCUGGAUUUCAGCCCUGGGGCUACAAAUUCUUGGAGCUGGGAUGAACUCUUGGCCUUGACCCCACAGUUGGACUUGAAAGAAGUGCUGAUCGAGGCUGCUCGGGCGGUCUCAAACGGGGAUAUUGCUACAGCAUUUGGUUGCAUUGAUGUUUUGGACCAAAUGGUAUCUGUCUCAGGCGACCCGAUCCAACGGUUAGGGGCUUACAUGCUUGAAGGGCUGAGGGCAAGGCUCGAAGGCUCCGGAAGUAACAUAUACAAAGCUCUGAAAUGCAAAGAACCGACAGGAAGAGAACUGAUGUCUUACAUGAGCGUUCUCUAUGAAAUCUGCCCCUACUGGAAGUUUGCAUACGCGUCUGCGAAUGCUGCAAUCUUGGAAGCUAUGGCUGGCGAGCCUAGAAUCCACAUUAUUGAUUUCCAGAUUGCACAAGGAACACAGUACGUGUUUCUCAUCCAGGAACUGGCGAAACGGCCAGGAGGACCACCGUUGCUAUGUCUGACAGGUCUGGACGAUUCACAGUCCAAUUAUGCAUGUGGUGGAGGGCUCAGCUUGGUGGGCGAGAAGCUGUCAAGGGUUGCGGAGUCAUGUGGAGUGCCAUUUGAGUUCCAAGAUGGGAUCGUGUCUGGGUGCGAGGUUCAACGAGGACAUCAUCUUGAGAUCAAACCCGGGUUCGCCAUUGCUGUGAAUUUUCCGUAUGUGCUGCACCACAUGCCUGACGAAAGCGUGAGCAUUCACAAUCACAGAGACAGAGUAUUACAGCUAGUGAAGAGCCUCUCUCCGAAAAUAGUAACACUGAUAGAGCAAGAGUUGAAUACAAACACAUUGCCAUUUCUAUCGCGGUUUGUGGAGACAAUGGAUAACUACACAGCGAUGUUCGAGUCGAUAGAUGCGGGGAGGCGGCCACGGGAAGAUAAAGAGAGGAUAAGAGCGGAGGAACAGUGCGUGGCCAGAGAUAUAGUGAACAUGAUAGCGUGCGAGGGAGGAGAAAGAGUGGAAAGACACGAGUUACUGGGAAAAUGGAGGAUGAGAAUGAUGAUGGCUGGGUUUAUGCAACGUGAAGUGAGUUCGUCAGUGGCGUCAGCUGUGAAUGAAGUGUUAGUGAAGGGGUAUGAUAGUAAUUACAGGCUAAGUGCUGGAAGCCAUGGUGCAUUGUUUCUGCUGUGGAAGGGGAGAGCAAUGGCUACUUGUUCUGCUUGGAUUCCCAUUCCCCACAAUCAUGACCAAAUGUUUCAGUCCUGUAGGCUCUAAUAAUGUAUAGCAGAAAGCAAAG